AUUUACAUCUUCCAGUUGGCAGACUGGUAUUUUUCAUCCUUUGCUUUGCUGAUUGGAUCUUUGUUCGAGUGUAUCUCAAUAUGCUGGAUCUAUGGAACAGAAAGGUUUGCCCGUGAUAUUUACAUAAUGACGGGACGCAAUGUUUCUGUGAUAUUACGUAUAAUGUGGACGAUCGUAAUACCUUUAUUUGUAACGAUUGCAUUUGUAGCACUGCUGACUCAAUAUUCAACACCCGCCUAUGGUGAUGGGUACAAGUACAGCUCCGGCGCUGUGGCUGCCGGCAUUAUUGUUGGUUUGACACCAAUCAUUGCAAUGCUCAUUGUAGGUAUUGUGUCUGUGCUCAGGCAGAAAGGGUCGACUUGGAAGCGUUUAAAAUGCAGUUUGAAGCCAAGUGAUGAAUGGGGACCAUAUGAAAGAGAAACAAAGGAAAAAUACAGAUUGAAACCUUAUAUUUACCCAACUUCUUGGUGGCAAAAUUUCGUCUUAAAUAUUAUAGGUACAAACGAUAAGCCUAGUCUUUGAGCACUGCUCACUAGUGGUAGUGUGUUGCGUUUUGGAAUUCGUCAAAAGCAGGAUUUUGGAGACGGCAGUAAAUUGGUAUAAAAACUAUCUGUCAGUCGAUUCUAUAAACA